AAAGAGGACUCGCUCUCUCUGUCCCCAAGAGACACAGCUCAGUUGUGCGUAACGGCUCGUUUAAACCAUUUGUUUCAGCGACUCGAUUCAUUCGAGUCAUCUCAAAAUACUGUUCUAUUGUCCCGUUCUUAUAUUUGAACCAUAUUUAUUCGAGUACUGUUGUUUAUUUUUAUGUCCCUUCUAUCUGAAGCGCCAGCGACGUAAAAUAAACUUGGACAGUCCAGUGCACGCAACGAACGCUUUCUGUGAACGGUUCAAACGAACCGAGUCUCGUGUGAAUCACUUCUCUGCUUUCACUCUCCAGCGCGCGCACAAGUGUUUUCCAGAAUGACGGGAGGAGCUUUGGAUUAUAAUACACAGUUUUAUCCGAAGCGUGUCAGUCUAACGGCAAAGUAAACCGUCAUGGAUGUACGGGGCGCGCUUUGGAUUGUAACUCCGCGGGUCUUUUCGACGUGAAUGUUGAAUGGCUCGGACAUGGAGAUAGCUUUGGUGAGUUUUGACAAGAGAGGGGACGGAGGAGGUGAUGGAGAAAACUACCAAAACCAAAAUUCCCUGGACCAUCCGCGCUCGCUUCGAACGGCACCCAACAACGCGAGCCUGUGGAAAAUCAACGACAUGAACAACACGACGGGCUCCACGGAGAACACGGUGGAUUAUUACAGUCCCCAUCUGUUCGACGAGGACAUCCUCAACGUAGAUAUCGACCACGAGAGCAACGAGCGAGUUCUCAUCAACAUCGCCGGACUGAGGUUCGAGACGCAGCUGGGCACGCUCAACCAGUUUCCCGACACUUUACUUGGAGAUCCCGACAAGAGGAUCAAGUAUUUCGACCCCCUCCGGAACGAGUAUUUCUUCGACCGCAACCGGCCGAGUUUUGAUGGGAUUCUUUAUUUCUACCAGUCGGGCGGGAAGAUCCGUCGACCCGUCAACGUCUCGAUCGACGUGUUCGCGGACGAGAUCCGCUUUUAUCAGCUGGGCGAAGAAGCGAUGGACCGCUUCCGCGAGGACGAGGGUUUCAUCAAAGAGGAGGAGAAGCCGUUGCCCCAAAACGAGUUCCAGAAGCAAGUGUGGCUCAUCUUCGAGUAUCCCGAAAGCUCGGGUCCCGCCCGCGGCAUCGCGAUCGUGUCCGUGAUCGUCAUCACCAUAUCCAUCAUCACUUUCUGUCUGGAAACUUUGCCGGAGUUUCGCGACGAGCGCGAGCUGGCCGUGGCGAGCCGCGCGGUCAACGGCACGCAGGAUCGCCCGUCGCUCACCUUCACUGACCCGUUCUUCAUCAUCGAGACCACGUGCGUGAUCUGGUUCACCUUCGAGCUCUUCGUGCGCUUCUUCGCGUGUCCCAGCAAGUCCGAGUUUUCCAAGACCGUCAUGAACAUAAUCGACAUCAUGUCCAUCAUGCCCUACUUCAUCACGCUGGGCACGGAGCUCGUGGAGCAGCAGGGUCAGGAGCACAACAACGGGCAGCAGGCCAUGUCUCUGGCCAUCCUGAGGGUCAUCCGCCUGGUGCGGGUGUUCCGCAUCUUCAAGCUCUCCAGACACUCCAAGGGUCUCCAGAUCCUGGGGAAGACCCUGCAGGCGAGCUUGCGGGAGCUCGGUCUCCUCAUCUUCUUUCUGUUCAUCGGGGUCAUUUUGUUCUCCAGCGCCGUCUUUUUCGCCGAGGCCGACGAACCGGAGUCGCACUUCUCCAGCAUCCCGGAUGCCUUCUGGUGGGCCGUGGUCACCAUGACGACCGUCGGCUACGGAGACAUGAGGCCGGUGACCGUGGGGGGAAAGAUCGUUGGGUCCCUUUGCGCCAUCGCGGGCGUGCUGACCAUCGCGCUCCCGGUGCCCGUCAUCGUCUCCAACUUUAACUAUUUCUACCACAGGGAAACGGACCAGGACCAAGCGGCUCUAAGGGACGAGCCGGAAGGCGGGGCGUGCGAGGAACACCCCGCGCUGAGCAAAUCGUCCCUCGGCUCGAAAGACGGAGAACGCGACGCGGACGCGAGCGCGCCCGCGGAGAAGACUGACAUCAAAGCAAACAGCAGGAUGGAUAUUAAACGCUCCCUUUACGCAUUUUGCUUGGACAAGAGAGAAACGGAUCUCUAGUCUUCGGAUCUCCAUCAGCGGAUGCAAACGUUAAUGCGCACGCAAUCAAUCCUGGAAAGUUGUUUUUCUAAAGCGCAUUUUAAUCCUUUGAUCUCUUCAUCAUCAGCAGCUUUCCCAAACGUUACUGUGUCACGUUUGAAAGAUGCGCUAAAUGCAAACAUUCUUUAAUAAAAUAUGUAUAUAGGAGUACAAAUAGUAUAUGAAUUCUUAGAAAGUUUAAUUUUUUAACUGUAUAACAGGCCUUAAGUCCUCUCAAAUCCAGCCCUUUCUUCUAGUAAGCGAAACGCCAAACUAAUGUUUUAAUGCUUUUUUAGAGCCACGUUUCCCUAAACUAGCCGUUUGGUGUUCAACCUUUAGGAUCUAAUUCAAUAACAAUGUUGUUGCUGGUCUAAAAAACUGUUGAUGUGAGUUUCGUCAGUAUGUUAUAUCAUCAUUUAUUCACUUCUCUUUAAAAAAAAAAACAUUCACGGAGUGGUCCAUGAAAAGCGACAUUUAAAGAAGGCUUUGUGAUUCAAGACUGAUGGAUGGGAUGGAGACGCCACAACAGAUGAUGAGGGUCAUACAGAAAGCAGAGCA